AUGAUGGAAGUAGGACCAAGUGGACUACCGCUAGGCACAUAUGAGCUUAAAAUCGGCCAAAGCUUCGGAAAAUCGAGGAAAAACAGUGAUUAUCACACGUUGAGAUGUAGGUUUUUAAAUUUUUCAAUCUUGAUGACAGGCAAUGUCACAUCUUCUUAAGAAGGCUAUGUUAGACAACAUUAAUUAUAUUUCACACCUUAUUUUAAUCAAUUUUGCAAGAGAGAAAGACUUGACUCGGAAGCUCAUCUUUUGGGUCAACUGUUUCUCUUACUAUACAUUUUACGUAUAUGAGUAAGAAAAUACGAUGUUAAUAUAAAUUUGACGAUUUCAGAUGAUUUUAAGCCGAAAUCCAUUGGAGGCGAGACAGAAACUUUUGUCGCGAUCAAGGAUAACGAUGAUGUACAGGUGAGUCAUGGUUAAUAUAGCUUUUUCUUUAAAUUUUAAGCAAAUAAUAGCUAUUUUUGAAAUAGAAAUGGUUUAUAUUUUAUAGAUAUAUAUUUUCACUUUACUUUCAUUCAGUUUUCGUAAUGAAAUUGGACGUAUAUUGCAGUUUAUGGCUAAUAAAAUUAAUCGAGUUAGGGUUGGCAAGCCUUUUUUUCGAAUUUUUGAUUGAAAAAAGAGCUAAUUUUUGAAAUUUCAGAUAGCAAUUGCAAGCGAAGGUCGAGAUGACAUAACCAUGUAUAAAGGAAGCAAGAAACCCAUCAAGGACGGCAAGGAAUGCUUGUUGAUAUUCAAUGAAACGACCGGCGAAAUGCGCCUGGAGAAGAUUGCUUCUAAUAUCAACGUGAAACAGACUAGGUAUGUUUAUACUAUUUUUUAAAGUUUCUAAGAUAGUACUGGCUAGUUUAGACACAUUAAGUGUGGUUUUUACUUCAAUUUUUUUAAAAAUCAUGUUUUCGUCGCGGGAUCAAAUUUUUUUAAAUUUUCCGAAAUUUUUAAAAGUAAUGUUGAAACUGACGUUUGAAUGUUAAUAAAAUGUCUUUUUUAGAAAAGCAGACGACGAUGCGGACAAAGUACUACGGGAAGAGGUCACUCGACUACGCAAAACUAAGCCAGGAAAGCCCAAAAAGUCGAAGCCAAUCGAAGAAGAAGACGAACCAGAGUCCUCAAAACCAUCUCCACCCGAACUAACGCCAAUCCCUCAGUCUAGCACUCCACUGUCGCCACCCAAGUCACACAAGUCAAGAGAAAAACGGGCUUCAGAAUGCAAAAAGCACGAUGAUGCUCAUAUGAGUUCAUCAAGCGAAUCCUCUGAUUCCUCUUCAGAUUCAUCGGAUUCUUCAGACGAAUCAGAUGGAGAAGAAUCGACGAAACGUGCCAAAGAAGUUGCGAAACGCCAGCGGCCGGAAUCCAGCAACUUUUCUAGCGACGAUGAAGGUAAGGUUUGCCAGUCGGAUUUUGGUGGUCAUGGUGAAGAUAAAUUGAAUUUUUGGUGGUUUAAUGGAAAGAUUCGCAUGGUUUUUGGAUAAUAUAUGGUAGAAUAGAUAUUUUACUCUGUAGGAACUAUAAAACUAAUGUUGUAUUCAUUGUAGCCGCCCUAGAAAAACAUCUAAACGCCAGCGGACCAGCAUCAACAAUGUCGAGUCAACCCGCAAGUUCAUCGAAAUCAACCCCAAAAGACUCGACGAACCCAAUAAAAUCACAACAACAAGUGGAUGAGCUGUUUAGUGAUAUGGACAUGCCCAAUUUACAACCAGUCCAGCCCGCCCCAGUCCAGAAAACUCAGCCCGUGCCGAAGAAAAUGGAAAAACAUAGCCAAAUGCUACUACAAAACGACCUGGAUCUGAGUGAAAGCUCGGAUGAGGACUAG